AUGACACCUUUCAUGAGCAUCGUUUUGCUUGUUGCCCUGUUAUUGCUCAACUCAGAUCGCAUUCAGAAAGCCAUUGAGAUAUGCAGCGAAUGUUUGAUUUUGUUAACUUGCACCGAUCAAAACAGCAAAGACCAAUUUGAUUCGGCACUGCUACAAUUUUACAGCGACAUCUAUACCAUUCUUUUCAGCGCUUAUCGUCAUAUCUCUGACUACAUAAGUGCAGAAAGAUACGGGAGGAAACUUUUUGACUUAUACAGAGAGUAUGGAAUUAUGCUUUAUAAACUUGGCGAAAGCCUGAAAGCAAAGGAAUAUGUUGAGAGGGCCCUUGCCAUAACAACCAAAAUUGGUGACAAAGGAGGGGAGGCAUCAUGUUAUGGACACCUAGGUACUAAGGCUGAAGAGUAUCUCCAAAAAGCGCUUGUCAUCAGAACUGAAAUUGGCGACAGAAAAGGGGAGGCAACUGACUACGGAAACCUAGGUACUGUGUUUGAGUCGCUUGGCCAAUACGACAAGGCUGAAGAGUAUCUCCAAAAAGCGCUUGUCAUCAGAACUGAAAUUGGCGACAGAAAAGGGGAAGCAUCAUGUUAUGGAAACCUAGGUACUGUGUUUGAGUCGCUUGGCCAAUACGACAAGGCUGAAGAGUAUCUCCAAAAAGCGCUUGUCAUCAGAACUGAAAUUGGCGACAGAGAAGGGGAGGCAACUGACUACGGAAACCUAGGUACUGUGUUUAAGUCGCUUGGCCAAUACGACAAGGCUGAAGAGUAUCUCCAAAAAGCGCUUGUCAUCAGAACUGAAAUUGGCGACAGAAAAGGGGAGGCAACUGACUACGGAAACCUAGGUACUGUGUUUCUGUCGCUUGGCCAAUACGACAAGGCUGAAGAGUAUCUCCAAAAAGCGCUUGUCAUCACAACUGAAAUUGGCGACAGACGAGGGGAAGCAUCAUGUUAUGGAAACCUAGGUACUGUGUUUGAGUCGCUUGGCCAAUACGACAAGGCUAAAGAGUAUCUCCAAAAAGCGCUUGUCAUCACAACUGAAAUUGGCGACAGAAAAGGGGAAGCAUCAUGUUAUGGAAACCUAGGUACUGUGUUUGAGUCGCUUGGCCAAUACGACAAGGCUAAAGAGUAUCUCCAAAAAGCGCUUGUCAUCAGAACUGAAAUUGGCGACAGAAAAGGGGAGGCAUCAUGUUAUGGAAACCUAGGUACUGUGUUUAAGUCGCUUGGCCAAUACGACAAGGCUAAAGAGUAUCUCCAAAAAGCGCUUGUCAUCACAACUGAAAUUGGCGACAGAAAAGGGGAAGCAUCAUGUUAUGGAAACCUAGGUACUGUGUUUGAGUCGCUUGGCCAAUACGACAAGGCUAAAGAGUAUCUCCAAAAAGCGCUUGUCAUCACAACUGAAAUUGGCGACAGACAAGGGGAGGCAUCAUGUUAUGGAAACCUAAGUACUGUGUUUCUGUCGCUUGGCCAAUACGACAAGGCUAAAGAGUAUCUCCAAAAAGCGCUUGUCAUCAGAACUGAAAUUGGCGACAGACAAGGGGAAGCAUCAUGUUAUGGAAACCUAGGUACUGUGUUUAAGUCGCUUGGCCAAUACGACAAGGCUAAAGAGUAUCUCCAAAAAGCGCUUGUCAUCACAACUGAAAUUGGUGACAGAAAAGGGAAAGCAUCAUGUUAUGGAAACCUAGGUACUGUGUUUGAGUCGCUUGGCCAACACGAUAAGGCUAAACAGUAUCUUCAAAAAGCGCUUGUCAUCACAACUGAAAUUGGUGAUAAGGAAGGGGAAGCAGUACAUCUUGCAAACCUUGGAGGAGUGUCUAGAACUGUUGGUGAUUAUGAAGCUUCGGAAGUAUGUUUGGAGAAAGCUUUAUUCAUAUCCAGAGAUAUUGGAGCUGGAAGAAGAGAGUUCGAAAUCCUUCGAGGCUACGCCAUUUUGUAUUUAAUUCAAAAUAAAAUCAAAGACUCUCUGUCGUGUCUUCAUCUGUGCAUUGAAAAGUAUGAGGAGCUGAGAUAUUUUUUGGGCGCCAAUGAUGAGUUCAAAACAUCAUUGCUGGAGCACUCAGGAAUAUUUCCCUACAAGCUGCUUUGUACUUUGCUCUGUGACACCGGAAAUGCUCGGGAUGCUCUCUAUGUUGAGGAGUUGGGUCGAGCUAGAGGCCUAUCAGACUUAAUGGCAGAGAAGUACUCGGUUGAAACGCACAUCUUUGCUAAUCCACAAUCUUGGUUUGGCAUUGAGAACAUUUUAAGAAAGAAAAAUAACUGUACUUGUCUGUACAUUUCUUAUUUUCAGAAUCUUCUGCAUUUGUGGAUCUUGAAAACAAGUGGAGUCCUUCACUAUAGAAGAAUAUCAGUAGAAGAGAAUCUAGUUCAGGCUGGGUUGCCCAAAGAUUUGUCUUUGAGUCAAUUUUUGGAUGAUAAUUUCCGGAGUCUUGGUAUUUUGCCUACUAAAGAUUGUGAAGAUCGGUCUUUAAAUACGAUUAAAGUGCAACCUCUCUCCCCCGCACAAAAGAGCUCAGCAAGACUGCGACUCGUGGAGGAGGAAGAGGAGAAGAAAGUCAUUUCAAGUCUAUCUUUGUGUUACAAAAUGUUUAUUGCUCCCGUUUAUGAUUUGCUUGAGGGGCCUGAAGUCGUCAUCGUUCCUGACCGCAGUUUGUACAAAGUUCCCUUUGCUGCACUGAGUGAAAAGGAGGGAGCCGAAUACCUCUCGGAGACUCAUAAGAUCCGUGUCAUUCCUUCUUUGACAACACUCAAGAUUAUUCAAGAUAGUCCAGAGGGCUAUCACAGCAACACUGGUGCCUUGAUAAUAGGCAAUCCCAAGGUUAAUUGGCUGCCGUCAUUGCCAUGUGCAAGAAGGGAAGCGGAGAUGGUUGGACGACUGAUGCGUGUUCCGCCUCUGGUAGAAGAGAAAGCAACGAAGCAGGCGGUGCUUGAGCGGAUAGGUUCAGUGAGCCUGAUACAUUUUGCUGCCCAUGGCAACGCCCAAAGAGGAGAAAUUGCCCUCUCCCCCAUUCCUAUUCCCAACAGUCAAAAUGCUAUCCCACCACAGGAAGCUUACAUGUUGACGAUGGCUGAUGUCUCACGAGUGAAAGUCAGAGCUAAACUGGUGGUACUUAGCUGCUGUCACAGUGGAAGAGGUGAGAUAACAGCCGAGGGAGUUAUAGGAAUUGCCCGUGCGUUCUUAGGAUCUGGUGCUCGCUCGGUGUUAGUUGCGCUGUGGGCCAUUCCAGACUUAGCAACGGAGCAGCUGAUGAAUCGGUUCUACAAACACCUUGUUGAAGGAGAAAGUGCCAGUGAAUCCCUUCAUCAGGCCAUGAAGUGGAUGAGAAAAAACGGCUCGAGAAAAAUGUCUGAGUGGGCUUCGUUUACGCUGAUUGGAGAUGAUGUGAGGCUCGAGUUUGACAAGCAGAGGAAAGAGGAUGAGAAUAUCUCGAAGGAAACAGACCUUAGAGACUUUUAA